AAAAGAAAGCGACCUAGUGGUGAAAUUGAAAAGGGCAGCCCUAACCCUGACCCCUCCCUAAGCUUCUCGUCGUCGUCUAAAACCCUAACUCUCCUUCUCUCUCUCUCUCUCUCUCUCUCUCUCUCGCAAGUGGAGUGAACGAUUAGCAAAAAUGUAUCUCCAGUUUUACAUUAACGAGAAUGGCGACAAAGUCUAUACUGCUAAGAAAGAAUCACCACUGGGACGGGCAACACAAUCUGCUCAUCCAGCCCGCUUUUCUCCGGAUGACAAAUACUCGAGGCAAAGAGUUCUUCUGAAGAAGCGUUUUGGAUUGUUGCCAACCCAGCAGCCACCUAAGAAGUAUUGAACUCUUGCGGAGUUCAGCUGAUAUGCUUUAUUGUUCUGCAGUCUUAUCUUUAUUUGGAGCUUCUCGUAUGCUGAAGGUGUUAUAGUUGCUGUCAUGGAGUGAUUGUCGGAUAGUUGAAAUAUGUUUAGAUUUGUUUUUCUUUUGCAAUCCUGUCAUCAACUUCAUAUGUUUUGUGAAAUUCAGAAACUUCAUUUCAAGCAUUUCGGAGUGAAGUAUCAAUUAUUGUUGCAGAGACUUGAGAUUGAAGGUGCUUGAAAGGUAAAAUGUUGGAAGUAUCUUCUA